AUAGCACACAAAAAUCAACAAUAUGCAAAGGGCAAAUAUCAGAUUUCUCAGUCAGAGCGUUAUACGACUCUCCAAUCCUUCUCGUCAAACUCCGAAAUUGGAGCCGACUACAUUUAGUGAGAAAGCAUCACCUCGUCAAGUUCACGAACGUCCGGAAAACCUUAGAGGUUUACCUUCUUCUUCCCCUCCUCAAUUCUGGACCAAACCGGGUCAAACAACCAAAAUCAAUGAUGCUAAACCGGGGAGUAUGACAGGGGAAGAAUUUGGAGGUCCAAGUAGACCCAGAAUGGUGUAUGAUCGUCCGAAGGAUCUACCAAAAUUACGGUCACGUUGGCCAAUGUAUGCAGGCGUUGGAGCUUUGUGUCUCAGCGCUUGCGUGGGAUUCGUCCUGUGGGCGACUAACACUGAACGAUUAGCUUCGUCUGUCUUGAGACAGGUGACUUUUCAACUACGAAACUCGGCUCAAGUCGCUUCUGUCUUAGGUGAAAAUGUAAGAUUGGCGGAUAACUGGUGGGGUUUUGGAGAUCCUUGGAUUUCCGGAAGUAUUAACAACAUGCAAGGUCAUGUUGAUCUUAGUUUUCGAGUACGGGGAUCACAUGGUGCGGGUACUGUCUACUUCACUUCUAUAAGACCAAAGCAAGAGGGUGCUUGGAGAAUAGUGAGAUAUAAAAUCAUCACUGAUGAUGGUCAGACAAUCCGAUUGGACGAACAGUUGGGAGCAUGAGAGUCAUUGAAAUCGCGUGAACAUGGGUAUUUUAUCCGAGU